AUGAGAAAGUAUCCUCGUCGUUUGUAUGAGGUUGGGAAAACCCCAGUUCAGAGUAGGAGCAUGAACCAUAGUUGUUAUCUCUCCAACAUUCAAACCGUGAGAGAAGAACUUGGGGAAGAUGUUUGGUAUGAGUUGAGGGAAUCAGCUAUUGGAGUAAUUGUGAAGCUGAAAGAGCUGCCUUAUAUUUGGUCUGCGAAAGUUGUUCACCAUUUCCUUGCCAAUCAAUUGGCAAUCGAGAGCAGUCAUGAGAUUUGGUCUUUGAUAGAUGAUUCUAUGCCAUUGCGUUUCUCUUUGUAUGAGUUUGGAGAGAUUACAGGUCUGAAUUGUGAUCCUUUCGACAAGCAUGACGUUUGGGAUGUUGACCAUCAAGAAAACUGGCCUCGAGAGAAGCGAGUGAUGAUUGGUUUGUUGUGUCUGCUAUCCAUUGGCAUAUUUGGCAUUUCAAGCAAUAGCAGAAUUCCUUUGCAUUGUGCUAAAAGGGUGAUGGACACUGCAGCUUUCCAGCGAUAUCCAUGGGGCCGUAUUGGAUUUAGCAGCCUUGUCGAUUCCAUUAAAGAGAAAUAUAUGGGAAUCGGAUUGAUGGAGCUGAUGUUCCUCUUCUGUCAUGGAGGGGAUCUCUUACGCGUUCGUGUGAGGCAUAUGAUUAUGAAGCCAGUAGAGGAUAUAUAUCCGAAGUGGGACAAUGAUAAAAUCUAUACUGAUCUGGACAACAUGAUAAAAGACAUCCUUAAUGGUCAGCUAAAUGAGAAGUUUUGGGAUGCAGUGCCCACUACCAAAUGCCAGAAGAGAAAAAAUGGUGUUGCCGCAUCUGUUGUUCCAAACCAGAGGCCUUCUACUAUGCGAAGAAAAGACAAAGAACCUGCUGAUGGAAGUGAAGCAUCUGAUAUGGCUGCAGAUCACAACGUUGCCAUAAGUGGGUUAGCUGAGUUGGUUAAAAUCCUCACUGCCAAAAUGGAAGGCAUCGAUGAUAGUGUAGCUGACAAGGUUACUAAAGCAUUAGAUGCUACUAUUGACUCUAAGGUGGAAGCAAGAGUGCGAGCAUAUGAGUCUGACUUACGGAAUCAGAUUGCAAAAUUGGAGGCACAAAUAAAUGAUAGUAAAAACAACGCUGAUGUGAACAUUGCUCCUGAUGUCGCCACCUACAAAGCGUAUGAGGAUGAGGAAGAUGGUGCUUGUAGCAAUGACUUGUCAUGGAUUGUUCAGAAGAAGAUCAAUUCACAAGAUGGACUGCCAGUUGAUUGUGUUGUGAAGAAGGAGAAAAAAAAUAAGAAGACGAUGGAUAGCACACAGAAUCUUACGACUGAAGUGGUGAUAAAGACUGAGAAGAAAGUUGGAAUUCCACUAAGAAGAGUUAAGCAAGAGAAGGCCUUCGAGAUCCCACAGCUAAAUGAUGAAUCCAUAUCGUCAAAAGAUUUGGAAAAUCAUCUACAGUGGGAGAAGAGUGUAAACUGUAGGGCGGUGUUGGAAGCACUUGCUUCAAAUUUGAAGGAGCCUACACGCAGACGCAAACCUCAGUUGACAAAGACUCAAGUUUGGCCGUUUGUCAGAAAUUCAACAGUGAAGCGUAUUAUAAGUGGUGAGAAAGUCUCCAAGGAACCUUAUGACCCAUUAGCUAAAGUGGAGGCAGAGAAACUGCAUAAAGUUUUGGACUUCAUCAACUCUGAUUUGGAAGCAAAGGAGCCUGGUGUUGGAGAUGAAAGUGCUGGAUUUUUCUUGAAGUUAUUGAUACCUAGGGAUGAUUGGCCAACAAAAGACUACGGCUGGUUGAAUGACUCCCACAUUGCAGAAGCAAUGCUUAUGUUUCACAAACGGUCCAAGCAAGAACAGUCUCCGUAUUCCUCUUCUCGAAUUGCAUUUCUGUCUCACUGGUUUGUGAACUCAUGGGUGAACGACUACAAGAGCUGGGACCAGAACACUGAGUUGUCAGAAAUGUACAUCAAGGCUUUUAAUGGAGAACACCCGGCUGAUUUUGUCACAGGUAAUAAGUGGAUUGCAGACGUCGACGAUCUUUUCCUCUGCCACCAUGUUAACGGAGAUCAUUGGGUUCCUCUACGCAUCGAGCUGCAUAAGGGGAAAAUUCAUGUCUAUGAUAGUAUUUGCACACAUGAGAGUGAUAAGGAGAUGAAAGAGGCAUGCCGGCCUUUCAUGAGAAUGAUACCAGCAUUGCUUAACAAGAUGGUGCCUGCUAAAACGAGAUCGAAAAUUGGAAAGCAGUUUGCUUAUAUUAGGCACAAGAAGAUCCCCCAAAAUGAGAACCCGGAAGAUUGCGGUGUGUAA